AUGCGCCAGCAGCCAUGGUGCCGCCCGCGCCUCGACUCCUACAGCCUCGCCAUUCAGAUCGCCGCCCACUCCCGCAUGUGGGGACGAAGCGAGGCGCUGUUCGAGGAGAUGCAGGCGGACGGCGUGCGGCCGGACUCGUUUGUCUUUUCUGCGAUGGUGCAUGUGCUGGCGCAGCAGGGGCGGUGGGAGGAUGCGAUUGGAUUGGUGGAGAGGCGGGCAGCAGCAGACGUCCCGGAGCUGAUGUCACUAGUGAAGGUCUUGCUGCACGACAUGGCAUGCUCGCCACACGCCGCCUCCCUCACAGCAGCCCUCCUCUCCUCACUCUCCUCCCUCCCCUCCUCCUCCUCUCCCUCCUCCUCCGCCUCCUCCUCGCCAAACCCCUUUUCUCUCGACCACGAGUCAUACCGUCUGCUCCUCCGCUCCUUCUACUCCCACAACCACCUCCCCCUCAUCCCACCAACCGUAACAAGCAUGAUCCAAGCAGGCUAUCCUCUCAGCCAAUGGGAUGCCGCCAUGUGGCUCGAGGCCCUGGCUGCCCAGGGCGACGUUGCAGGGAUCCGGGCAGCUGUUGCGGAAAGUUUGGCGCUCGGGCUGCCCGAGCCGGAAAGUUUUCGGAUGGCGUUGGUUCUGGGGUUUGCGAGAGCUGGGGAGAUGGACCGAGCUUGGAUUGUGUUUGUAGGGAAGGAGGAGAGUGAGAGAGUGAGUGAGGGAGUGAGUGAGGGAGUGCAAGAGGGAGUGGCGAGCCAGGUUUCUCAAAAACAGCCUAAGAGGGGUGUGGAGCCGAGCUUGUAUGUGAUGGUGGUGGAGGCGAUGGUGGGGGCGGGGCGCAUGGAACAGGCGGAGGCGGUGUGUGCGGAGUAUGGGCGCGCUCACUUGGUCACUGUGCAGCGGUUCAAAUAUGGGCCUUCCCUCCCUCAUCCUCCUCCCUCCUCCCUCCUCCCUCCUCCCUCCUCCCUCCUCCCCCCUCCCUCCUCCCUCCUCCCUCCUCCCUCCUCCCUCCUCCCUCCUCCCUCCUCCCUCCUCCCUCCUCCCUCCUCUCUCCUCCCUCCUCCCUCCUCCCUCCUCCCUCCUCCCUCCUCCCUCCUCCCUCCCCCCUCCCCCCUCCUCCCUCCUCCCUCCUCCCUCCUCCCUCCCCCCUCCUCCCUCCUCCCUCCUCCCUCCCUCCCCCUCCCUCCCUCCCUCCCUCCCUCCCUCCCUCCCUCCCUCCCUCCCUCCCUCCCUCCCUCCCUCCCUCCCUCCCUCCCUCCCUCCCUCCUCCUCCCUCCCUCCCUCCCUCCCUCCCUCCCUCCCUCCCUCCCUCCCUCCCUCCCUCCCUCCCUCCCUCCCUCCCUCCCUCCCUCCCUCCCUCCCUCCCUCCCUCCCUCCCUCCCUCCCUCCCUCCCUCCCUCCCUCCCUCCCGCCUCCCGCCUCCUCCCAAUGCGGGCGGGCGGCCGCCCGGCGGACAGUUACGCGCUUCGUCUGCUAGCCAAGGCCUGCGCGUCUAUGGGCGGGCUCAGGGGGCUGGCGGUAUUGCUGUGGGCGGCAAAAGAGGAGCGGGAGAGGGAGGUGGGAGGGAGUGAGGGAGAGAGUGAGGGAGGGAGUGAGGAAGUGGAUAGUCCAACGUGGGAAGCUGUCGGGGCGAGCGGUGGAGCAAGUGUAGCAGUUCCAGAAGGCAGUGUGACAGAUGAACCAUGUGCAAGCAGCGCUGCAGUGGCAGCAGGUGCAUCUGCAGCAGCGCCGUUGGCAGAGUUGGCAGCAGGAGCUAUGGUGGUAGAGGUACCCCCGGAAGAGGUGGAGGCAGCAGAGAGGCAGUUCCCCGUGCUGGCGGGCGAGCUGAGGGGUAGCGACAAGGCUCUCAGGGUGGUUGUCAGGUACCUGUUUAAGGAUGCUGACGUGGCGGGUGGGGAUGACAUCGUGCCUGCUGACGUGGCGGCUGGCGAUGAUGUCGUGCCUGCUGACGUGGCAGCGAGCGGGGAGAAGGUGGACGGUGGCAUGGCGGAGGGUGACGGGCACGGGGUUGUUGAGGCGGGAAGCGGAUGGUUGGAGGAGUGUGUGGGUGUGCCGGCAGCAGCUGAGGAGGCUGUGAGCGUGCCGGCAGCAGGACAGCAGCAUGUGUGUGGUGGAAGGGGCAAGGAGGCGUCAGAGGGAGAUCAUGCGGGCGAGUCUGAUUGGGACGUGCUAGGGCAGUCAGUGUGCGCGAGUGAUGGGAUGGUGGAGGGGGUGGAGGGAGCAGAGGCUGUUUUUAAGUCGACUCAAAAACAAACACGUGGUGUGCUGGGGCAGUCGGUGUGCGCGAGUGAUGGGAUGGUGGAGGGGGUGGAGGGAGCAGAGGAAGCACAGAGAGAGGAGGAGGAGAGGGGACAAGGGGGGGAUGCGGGAGAAGAGAGGGAGGGAGAGGAAGGAGGAGCAGCAGAGGCGAAGGGGGAGGUAGAGGGAGGGCUGCGAGGCAGAGGAGGGCAGGAGAGGGAGGAACGGAUAGCUUUGGGGGCUCAGGUGGUGGAAGUAAGGGGCGGGGCAGGGGAGGUCGUGGAGGGAGUGGGAAUGGCAGUGGAGGGAGUGGGAAUGCCAGUGGAGGGAGUGGGAAUGGCAGUGGAGGGAGUGGGAAUGGCAGUGGAGGGAGUGGGAAUGCCAGUGGAGGGAGUGGGAAUGCCAGUGGAGGGAGUGGGAAUGCCAGUGGAGGGAGUGGGAAUGCCAGUGGAGGGAGUGGGAAUGGCAGUGGAGGGAGUGGGAAUGCCAGUGGAGGGAGUGGGAAUGGCAGUGGAGGGAGUGGGAAUGCCAGUGGCGGGAGUGGGAAUGCCAGUGGAGGGAGUGGGAAUGCCAGUGGAGGGAGUGGGAAUGCCAGUGGAGGGAGUGGGAAUGCCAGUGGAGGGAGUGGGAAUGCCAGUGGCGACAACAGCAGGGGACGGGACAGGGGCGGCAGCAGUGGUAGUGGCAGAAGGAGCAGGGGAAGGAGCGGCAGACGAUGUAGCAGUGGCGUCAGCAGUGGUGGCAGCAGCAGAAGUUGAUAGGGAGAGAAGAGAGAUGGAACGGACGGGAGGGGAAGGCGAGGGGUCAGGAGUGAGGAACGGAGGGGAGAACGGAGGACUUUCAAGUGGUGAAAAUGGUAGCAACAGUGGCAGCAGCAGCAGCAGUUUGAGCCUGGCAGAGCGAAGGCUGGCGAUGGGAUGGGUUGGGGGAAGGCGUGGGGAGGGCAGAGGGGGUGGAGGAGGGAGGGGGAAGAGUGUGGAUGAAUCCAUGCUGAGAAGGCCGGUUGUGGGCGGCAAAGUGGAGGCUGGUACAGUGCAGCACGGUGGCAGUUGGAGGGAUGAGAACCAACUAGGUGCAGUGCACAUGGCUGUAGCAGAGAUGGCUGUAGCAGAGGCGGCUGUAGCAGAGAUGGCUGUAGCAGAGAUGGCUGUAGCAGAGAUGGCUGUAGCAGAGAUGGCUGUAGCAGAGGCGGCUGUAGCAGAGGCGGCUGUAGCAGAGACGGCUGUAGCAGAGACGGCUGUAGCAGAGACGGCUGUAGCAGAGACGGCUGUCGCAGAGAUGGCUGUAGCAGAGCGGGCUGUAGAGGCAGCUGUAGCAGAGGCAUCACCAGAGGGGGAUUUUCCUGAGGAGAUGGUGGCACAGGCGGCUGGAGGAGAGGCAGAGGCGGUGGAUGACGCUAUAACGAAGGUGAUUGCAGCAGAGGCUGGGGGGAAUGAGGCUGCUGCAGCUGCAGGGAGUGAUGCUGCACCUGAGGAGAUGGUAGCAAAGGCAGUUGGGGGAGUGGCAGAGGUGGUGGAUGGCUCUACAUGGAAGGUGACUGCAGAAGAGCCUGUGGGAAAUGAGGUUGCAGGCGCUGAUUCUCAUGCAGUUGAAGGAGAGGCAGAUAGGGUAGGCAACAGGGUAGGCGACAGAUUAGGCCAGAGGUUCGGCAACAGGUUUGGUCGCGACAGGUUCGGCGACAGGGUUGGUAAUGACAGGGUGGGUGACUAUGUGCAGAGCACUUACUGGGGCGUGGUGUGGAACCCUGAGAGUGGCGCAGAGGGAGGGGAUGCGAGGGCGGGAGGCACAGGCAGGUGGGGCGGAAGGGUGGGAGGGCGAGUGCGGGCGCGGGUGGGGGAGAGAGUGCGGAGUGCGUUGGAGGAGCUAGAGAGGGCGGAGGAGGGGGAGCUGGCGGAGAGAUGGGCGCAGCUGGCGCAGGGGGAGGGGGAGAGGGCAGGGGAGAGGGGAGGGGAGAGGGGAGGAGCGAGGGGGAGGAGGCAGGGGGCGGCUAAGAGAGUGGAGCAGACGUGGGAGCUGAUGGGGGAGAGGCGGGCGAGGCUGCGAGGGGAUCGAGAGCGGUUGAGCCCGGUGAUGGGGGGUGGUCGGGGAGUGAGGGGGGAGGGGAAUGAAGGGGCGGAUGAGGCGGGGAUGGGGGAGUGGGAGCAGGAGGUGGAACGGGAUGGGGAGGGGAGGGGGAGUGAGGUGGUGUGGAAGAGGGUGGAUCCUGAAGAGGCGUGGCUGUUGGUUCAACAGCAGAUGGUGAGUGCAGUGCGCUUUGAGGCGCCUCAAAGGUUUUUUAAGCGAGUUGCGGAUCCCGUCGCCCCUCCGCCCCCUCCUGCUGCAUGGGCGCGUGUUUUCUCUGCCCUGCGCGACCCCGGGCAGUACGGGCAGCUGAAAGAAGUUUACCGGAUGAUGCUAAGUGCUGUGGGGCGAGAGGGGACUCAAAUACACGGGCAGCAAGGGCAGGAGGGACAGGAGGAGGGUCAAAUGCGCAGGCAGCAAGGGCAAGAAGGGCACGAGGGACAGGAGGAGAGUCAAAUGCCCGUGCAAGAAAGGCAGGAGGAGCUGAGAUGGGUGCAGCAGGGGCGGGAGGAGAUGCAAGUGGGGCGGAGCAUGAGCCGCUAUGCUGGGACUGCUGAUGGGGGGGUCGACAGUAAAAGAAGUGAAACUCAAGAGGGUGACAAUAGGGGGAGGGGCAGCGGUAGAGUUGACAGCAGUGGCAGUGAUAGUAACGAGGGUGAUAGUAAUGAGAGUGCUACAGUGUUCACAGGAGGGUAUGUGCUUCCAUUCAAUCUGGUGCUGAUGUCAGCAUGCAGGCAGGAAGCAGCUGAUGACGUGGCAGCUGUUUUUGGUGACAUGCUCAGUCAUAACGUCAUCCCGUCAUGGAGAUCUCUAUUCUUCGUGCUGAAGGGUGCAUGCGGCUCCAACCAGCCGUUCCCCUCCCCCACAUCGCUCAUUGCCUUUGUUGCCUCUAAAACCUUUCCCCCUUUCCCCUCCUCUCCCUCCCCCCACUCUCUCCCUCUACAGAGGUCGCUGCUCUUCGUGCUGAAGGGUGCAUGUGGCCCCAACCAGCCGUUCCCCUCCCCCGCAACCCUUGUUGCCUUUGUUGCCUCUAAGGCCACUCAGCUGCCACCAGAGCCACACGUGUCUGUAGAACCGUGUACGUCGGACAGGGUUACGUCUGCGGCGGCCCCGUGUGCCAGCUCAGCGUCGUCCGCGCAUGCCAGCUUAGCGUUAUCCACGCGUGCUCGAGAGGUUCUGGAGAACAUGGCAGUGCUGCUGAUCGGAGAGCCGUGGGCUGUUGAUCGUCUGAGAUGGAGCGUGGAGAUCGCAGAGUGCAUGCAGAGGGCUCAGGGAAGCAGCCCCCUCCUUCUGCCCUCUCCUCUCGCGAGACGGUUCUUCUUUGCCUCUAGGAGCCUACGAUUGGUUGGGAAGGAGAGAGAUGAGGAGGGGAGAGGAGAAGCAGAGAAGCGGGAUGAAGGGAGGGGCAGAGAGGAGGUAGAAGAAAUGGAGUAUGUAGGGAAGGGGAGGGAGCAGGGGGGAGGAGAGAAGGGGUCGGAAGGGAGGGGAGGAGUAGAAGGGGAGCAGGAUGAGGAGGCAGAGGAGGGAUUGGAUGGAAGGGGUGUUGGCCUUGGUGCUUCUGAGAGAAGGGAGCUUCUGAAGCAGCAGUUGAUUGGAGUGGUUCGGCCGGACGAGAGACGCGAGGAGGAGAAGUGGGAGGGAGGCUCGGUGGCUGUGCUCGGCUCGGCGGAGGCUCGGGAGGAGCUGGCCGAUCGGAUGGAAGCACUUUUAGAGGCCAGUGCUGCUGCCCGGCAGGCUGCUUGGGAGGAAAAAACUGCCCGGCGGGCAGCUGAACAGGCAGAGUGGGCAGCAAAACAGUUGCGGGUGGAAGCAGAGUGGAGGGAGGAGAGGGAGAGGGAGAGGGGAGUGGCGGUGGAACGGUGGGUGAGGGGGAAGGGGAGGGUGAAGAGUGUUAAUGAGGCGUGGACUCAAGUGGUGGAGCGAGAGAGGGGUGUGGAAGAGGCUGUUGAAGGGGAACGAGAAAGGGGGAUUGUGGCGGGUGAAGGGGGGGGGGAAGGAGGGUUCGGAGGGGAUGAAGAGGGAAGAGUGAGGGGGAUGGUGAGGGGCGGUUUGGGGGAGGGGCCGGAAGAAGGCAGAUGGGGGGCGGAAACAAGAGGGGAUAGGGUGGAAGAGGAGGGUGCAGCGGGGAAGGGGGUUGCUGUGGGUGCAACAGGCGUGGGGGCAACAGACUUGGGAGAGCAGGAACAGGGGGUGGGGGAGCAGAGGGAGCAGAGGAGGCAGAGGGAGGAGAGGGAGGAGAGGGAGGCGUUUGCAGUGGGGGUGGCGGAGCAGGUCAGGAUGCUUGAGUGUGCUGUGGUGCGCUGGGUGAAGAUACGUGCACGCCUCAACGAGCGGUUGGACCAGGCACAAGGCAUCCUUCCAGACCCCACCUCCUGUGCAGCCCUGCUCUCAGCCCUUCGCCUCGCAUCAACGCACCACCCUCAGCACCAAGCCCCUUCCGUUACCUCCCCCCGUCCUCCUCCUCCUCCUCCUCCUCCCUCCUCCACUCCCACACCACACUCUCCUCCAACCCCUGCUCCCACCACUUCCUUCCCCAUCCCUCAGAACGCAUCACCGCAAGAAUCCACAACGCCCCGUCUACCCACGGCACGGGCCAUGCUGCGGCGCCUGGCCACUGCAGGCGCUGCUCUGUCUGCUGCUGCUUUCAAUGAGGCCAUUCGUGAGGCCAUUGGGGACAGCGAGGGGAAAGACGAGGGGAAUGAGUCUGAAACGACAUUAGCAGCAGCAGCGUCAUCUGCAUCAGUAUCAGGUGGAGCAGCAAGAGCAGCAGCGAUGGUGGAGGAGGUGGAUGGGCUGUUGCUUGAGAUGCAUCGACGGGGCGAGCUGCCCAACCAGGCCGCCUCUCUCCUCCACUGCCUCUCCCAUGCCAGCAUCCCUGUACCGGGCGGCGCACUGCUGGACGUGCUGCGGGCGGCAGCAGCGCACGGGCAGGCGGACUUCUUUGUCUUCUUGCUGCGGGAGUGGGUAGCGGCGGACGUGACUGUAUUGGGGGGCCCGCGGGCUCUAGAGGAGGUGCUGCAGCUGCUGCUGCGCUGCAGACGACCCCACCAGGCUGUGCCGUGGUUCCAGCGGUGCCUGGGAGCGCACCCGCACGCCCCCCUCUCGCCUGCACUGGCUGUGUCUUGGUUCCGGCGGUGCCUGGGAGCGCACCCACACGGAACCCCCUCGCCAGCAGUGGUGCAGGUGCUGCUACAUUCGGCUGUGUCUUGGUUCCGGCGGUGCCUGGGAGCGUACCCACACGCUCCCCCCUCGCCAGCAGUGGUGCGGGCGCUGCUGCAUGUGCUGCAGAGGAAGAGCAUGUGGCACGAGAUGCUGGACGUGUUCGGGUCGCUACAGCACUACCCGGGAUAUCAUGACAAGGCGUGCCGGGGGAGGUGCCUGCAGACGGGAAGCAUGUGGCACGAGAUGCUGGACGUGUUCGGGUCGCUACAGCACUGCCCGGGAUAUCAUGACAAGGCGUGCCGGGGGAGGUGCCUGCAGACGGGAAGCAUGUGGCACGAGAUGCUGGACGUGUUCGGGUCGCUACAGCACUGCCCGGGCUAUCAUGACAAGGUGAAUGGAUGGGGGAUGCUUAGGGUCAACUACAUGACGGUCAUCCGCACUUUCCUGCACUGCCAUCAACCCAACCUGUCAAUAGUCCUUCUCCCCAACUUGUGUCCCUUUGCCUCUGCCCUCUUCCAUGCCCGGCAGGUCAACUACACCACACUCAUCCGCACUCUCCUCCACUGCCGCCAGCCCAAGCUCCCACUCACCCUCUUUCCCAACAUGUGUCCCAUUUCCUCUGCCCUCCCCUAUGCAUCACAGGUCAACUACACCACGGUCAUCCGCACGCUCCUGCACUGCCGCCAGCCCAAGCUCGCACUCACCCUCUUCCGAGACAUGCUCACUUCAGGGUUGCUCCAAUGCGACACCCACGGGCGCGUGCUGUCAGCCCGUGAUAACGCCACCACCCAUGAGAGGCUGCUGCAGGCCGUGCGGCACGCGGCUCACCUGGUUGGGGAUCGAGAGGUGCUCAGCAUGGUGGGUGGUGGUGCUGUGGGUGCUCGCAGCACGAGCAGGAGCGGGAGGUUCAGACCUGCUCCUUCUGCAGUCAAGGAUCUGCUGCAGGCCGUGCGGCAUGUGGCUCUCCUGGUGGGCGACAGAGAGGUGCUCGGAAUGGUGGGUGGUGGUGCUGUGGCUGCUCGCAGCACGAGCAGGAGCGGGAGGUUCAGACCUGCUCCUUCUGCAGUGCUCGGCAUGGUGGGUGCUGCUGUGGCUGCUCGCAGCAAGACAAGGAGGGAGAGGAGACCAACAUCAGUGCUGGUAACCAACGGCUCCGAUGCUAGAGGUGCCGCAUGCCAUGCCACUCUCCCGGUGGGCACCGAUCUGUGGCGGCCGCAGCUAAACCCUUCAAACGUGGUGCGGCAGAUGCAGGAGGCGGGGCGCGCGGACGCGGCGCCGGUGGUUGUGAUGGCGCUGAUGGAGGAGCGGGAGGUGCGGCGCGCGUUGGCGGAGAGGACGGCGUGGGAUCGGCGCACCAAGCGCGCGGUCAUGCGCAUGGCGGCUGUUGCGCGCGUGUGCAAGGUGAGGGAGGAGGGGGAAGGUGGAUUUGGUAGGGAAUGCAAGCUAUCCCCUCACAUCGUCCACCCCCUUGACGCACCGUCGCCCUCGCAUCCCCCGUUUCCCCGUCGCCCUUGCCCUCCCGACGCCCUUACCCCGGUCCCCUCUCGUCGAUUUCUUGUCAACGUCGUGGGGCCACAUUCCGAUGCUUCGUACACCACUCCGCGCUCCUCUCGCCUCACGGCGCGCGCUCCUCUCGCCUCCCCGCGCGCGCUCCUCUCGCCUCCCCGCGCGCGCCCCUCUCGCCUCCCCGCGCGCGCUCCUCUCGCCUCCCCGCGCGCGCGGCUCUCGCCUCCCCGCGCGCGCUCCUCUCGCCUCCCCGCGCGCGCUCCUCACGCCUCCCCGCGCGCGCUUCUCUCGCCUCCCCGCGCGCGCUCCUCUCGCCUCCCCGCGCGCGCUCCUUUCGCCUCCAGCGCCGCAUCUUCCCGCCUCCCCGCGCGCGCUCCUCUUGCCUCCCCGCGCGGCCUCCUCUCACCAUCGCCAGCCGCGCGCUUCACUUGCCUCCCCGCGCGGCCUCCUCUCACCUCCCCGCGCAUCCUCCUCUCGCCGCCUCACGCGUGCUUCUCUCGCCUCCCCGCGCGAACUCCUCUCGCCUCCCCUCGUGUGCACCUCUCACCCCCCCUCUACCGCCCCUCUUGCCUCCCCGUGCAACCUCCUCUCACCUCCCUGCGCGUGCUCCACUCGCCUCCCCUCGCGUGGUCCUCUCACCUCACCUUGUGUGCUCCUCUCGCCCCCCCACGCGUGCUCCUCUCUCCUCAUCUUGCGUGCUCCUCUCGCCUCCCCACGCGUGCCCCUCUAAGAUGCGUGAGGGGCUUCACCUCCCGUCUCCUCACUGCCUCUCUUCGUCUCGCGACAGCCUCUGUUCGCGUCGCUGAUCGCAAAUAUUGCCCUUGGCCCCUGCUCACGCUCUUGCAACGGCUGUGCUUCCGCAUCCCCUCUGCACGCCCUCUUUCCUCCUCUUCCACGCCCUCAUUUCCCACCCUGCUUGCCCACGUUUCCCCACCUUGCAGUCCCUCACAAGCCCUCGGUGGGGUGCUCCUCUCUCCUCACCUCCCGUGGUCCACUCUGACAGGGCAUGGUGCUCCUCUCCUCUCGCCUCCCGUGCUCCACUCUGGAAUGUGGGACGCUCCUCUCUCCUCACCUCCCGUGCUCCCCUCUGACAGGGGGGUGCUCCUCUCUCCUCACCUCCCGUGCUCCCCCCUGACAGGUGGGGUGCUCCUCUCUCCUCACCUCCCGUGCUCCCCUCUGACAGGUGGGGUGGUCCUCUCUCCUCGCCUCCCGUGCCCCACUCUGACAGGGCAGGGUGCUUCCGGACCUGUUGUUUAG